AAAGGGGUUAGAUUCUACUUCUGGUAAUAUAGGAAAAUGGAUUCCUAGAUUUCUUUUUAGUAAACUCGAAUUUCUGCUAAUUAAGGAUGCUUUUGCUAAAUUUUCAUGAAGGUUUCCUGUGAAGGAAUGGAAAUCGAUCGUCUUGAGCUGCAGCCUACACAGUCGCAAGAUGAUACCAACCGUUUUUGGCGAGAAGAGAGGGAAGAUGGUGCUGUAUAUCAUGCCUACUUAAAAAAGGUUACUUAUUUAUCACAAGCUCGGCUGGAAGAUGAAAAUGAGAGAAACAGUGAGUUUUCCCAUCUCAUGUGGGAGACCCAUAAAGUACGGGUCAUCCGUGCUGGCACCCUGGCCAAGCUAGUUGAAAGCCUUACAAACAGCAGAGGAGAGAUGGAUUCUAGCUAUGUGAAUAUCUUCCUGGCCACGUACCGGACAUUUGCCACCCCCCGCCAGGUGCUGGACACUUUAAUAGAAAGGUACAAAUUUGUUAGGUCCCAGACUAAAGCUGAUAAAACAGAACUUUGUGAAAAUCUACUCAGAGCCCUUAAAUCUGUGAUAUUUGUGUGGUUGGACUCAUACCCUGAAGAUUUUCAUGACACACCUGAAUACACCUGCCUUCUGGAGCUACAAAGGUUUGCUGUGGAUAGCGCAGCAGGCAGCGGCAUUGAUGUGAAGGUGAAAGAGAAAUUGCAGGCUUUUCGAGCUGAGGAUGCAGAAUUCACAGCUCGACAAUUGGAACUCUCGUUUUCUUUGUCUGAUGGAGGUCACCCUGCAGAUACAGAUAGUAGCAAAUCAUUGGCUUUGUUAGAAAUAUCAUGUAGAAAAAUUGCUGAACAGCUGACAUUUAAAGAUGCGGAUUUGUUUCGUAAAGUUAUUCCGCACCAUUGUUUGGGGGCAGUGUGGUCAAAAAGAGACAAAGAAAGUCAAAACAAUGCACCUAGCAUACAGGCCACCAUUCAACAGUUUAACAAUGUUUCUCUGCGGGUAAUAGCCACUGUGUUAAAAACUAGGGAAUUGAAAACCUCACAGAGGGCUAAGGUGAUUCAGAAAUGGAUUUUAAUAGCACAGGAUCUGCGUGAGUUAAAGAACUUUUCAUCACUGAAGGCAAUUAUCACAGGGCUUCAAUCACAUCCUGUCUACCGUCUAAGAAAGACAUGGACAGCUUUAUCAAAAGAUGCAAUGGUCUUAUUUGAAGAGCUGAGUGAAAUUUUUUCUGUGGAAAAUAACCAAAUCAAUUCCAGAGAAUUGUUAAUGAAGGAAGCCACAGCCAAAUUUCCAGAUCUUGAUUCACAGAGUAAAACAUUGAAGAGAAAAAAUUUACAAAAAAGGCGCUCCUGGAUUGACAAUGGUAUUGUACAAGGUACUGUACCAUACCUGGGCACAUUCCUGACUGACCUGACCAUGAUAGACACUGCCCUGCCGGACACCAUAGAGGAUGGCCUCAUCAACUUUGAGAAGCGGCGCAAGGAGUUUGAGGUCCUGGCCCAGCUCAAGCUCCUACAGUCUGCAGCAUCCAUCUACACCAUGACAGAGGACAAUUGCUUUUGGAGGUGGUUCAACUCUAUCAGAACCUACUCUGAUCUUGAGAGUCAUGAAAUGUCAUGUUCCCUGGAACCUCCAUCAGAAAGCUCUGCUAAAAUCAAGAAAAAAUCUGCCAGUAUAAGUGGACCACAUCUGAAGAGGAGGUUGUCUGCUGCUAAGCUAUACGCAUGCUUUGCGUGUAGGUCAAGGUUCUCUGAACCUAACAUUUCCUCCUCCAGCAAGGAGGAGGGGAGAGUUCCUUAUCCCCAAAGAGAUGGCCUGGGUACAAAACCUACCAGGGCAGACAGUACCAAGCUGGGGUUGUUUGCCUGUGGUCUUGAAGACCGCAACAGUAUUGCCAGUAUUCCUGAUACAAUCGCUGCCUCUGUAGGACCAUUACUCUCACAUUCAUCAUCGACGUCAUCUGUGAUAUCAUCUGAUAGUGACACCCCAUCAUCUCAGACACCCUUCAAAUCAUCAGACUCCUAUGUUAUAAAAGUUUCCCUAGACUCAAGUCAGAAUGAUACCACACAUGUGUACAAGAGCAUCAUGCUAAUGAACAGUGACCACACCCACACAGUGAUAGAGAAGAUACUGGAGAAGUAUGCCAUAGAGGCCCAGGCAGAUAACUAUUGUCUGUUACAGAUUUUACCUGAUGGAGAGCUUUUAAUUCCAGACCGUGCCAAUGUUUUUUAUGCCUUGAAUAAUUCUGUUGAGUUAAAUUUCAUUCUUCGCACAAGGCAAGAAUACGAAACAAUAAAAGAGAAGAAGAAAGGUGCUAGGCGGCGGCCCAAAAAACUAACUAUAUGACUGCCCGCUGUUGUUCCCUCUCCUCCCACCUAUCUACAGAGGUGAUGACUGUUAUUUAUAGACUGUAGGCUGCCGACAAAUAGGUCAACUGGUACACGAGUUCAUGCGUGGUGUGAGUAGGUGGAUGUAUCUAGUUGGCUUAGGCUUAUUUUCUAGUGCUUUACAAGGGCAAUUACUGCGUGAAUGAGUGACUUCCCUUAAGUGGAUUGAAGAUGUAUACAUUUUAUUUUAAACAUCCACUGUUUAUGUGUACAUAAAGCAGGCUGCAAACUAUUUUAAAGUAAGGUGUCUUUGUGCUUACAUGAUUAUACAUACACUCAUCUCUUAAACCUGAAAUACAUGGGACUUUUAGUUGUAAGAAAGUUUACUUUGCAAACUUUUAAUCAGUUUUAUAAAUAUUUCACAUUAGAAAUGUGGAAGAAAAUAUUAGAAAGAUUAUCAGGUUUAUUUUCAAAAUUGAAAUUACAGAAUAGUAAGAUACAUUUUUAUAAACAUCAUCAUGGUAUUAAUCCUUCUCACUGAUCCCCAGGGUAUGAUUUUACUACAAAAAAAUGUAAACUUUAUUUUCUGAUAUUUCUGGCGAUUUCUGUGGUGCUUACUAAGACAUUCAUUGUGUGUUAAUUGGUGGAGAACGACAGCAAUAUUUUUAGUUAUUAGAGUAGCCUGGUCUGUGCCUCUGCCUGUCAGAGGGUCCAUGGUAUAAUAAUAUUUUUAGAAACCUUGUGUUUGACUAGUUUACAAUGAAAUAUACAUACAACAUAUAUAUAAGCACAAAUAUUUAUUCAAAGGUGUGAAGGACUGGUUGGUGGUUUCAUGUUGGCUGUAACUAUGUCCAUUAUUUAUGCUUUUUAUAGCAUCAAAACUUUCUGUUUUCUGUGUGGGGUGUUGUUUUUUUUUUAAUUCUUCAACUUCAAUGCAAUUAUUUAUUUUUAUGUAUCACAUUAUCUAAGUUAUAGAAUUUAUAGCAGGGCUAUUGUGGCAUCUUCACUUGUAAAUUCUGACAUAUUUAAAUAUGAAUUGGAAGAAUGGCAAUCCAUUUGUAAAAAAAUAAUAAUUUAACUGCGUGUUGUCUCCCUUUGAUAUAUAAUCCCUCUUAAAUUCUUUCUUUCCCAUAUCCAAUCUUUAGUCUUUUAUUAUUACAAUGUAAUUACAAUUUUUAGUCUUCAGCAGGUUUUAAUCUAACUCAUAUUUAGAUUUUAAAAGUUAGCACUUAACAAUGUGGUCUAUGACUAGCUCAGCUGUUUACAUCCCAGAUGAUCCUUUUUUUUUCCGAUGGCAGCCAGUUUUGCUUGAUUGGAUUUCAGCAGUAAAUCUUGUUGUUAUUUCUUGGUAUCUAGGGUGUAAUCAAGUUAUUUUAGCUACUUGUGUAAGUUUUAUCAACAUCACACAUUUAUACUUAUAGGUGCUGGAGUAGAAAAAUUUUCCGACACUCCCUACAAGUUCUUGAUGUACAAAUAAAACCAUUUCAGAUAUACUUUUAUUCUGUGGGUUUUUCUAAAUCAGCGUUUCAUAAUUCCUUACAGCAGUUCUCUUCUCACAGAAUUUCUUCUUUUUUUUUUCAUAAACUAAAAAAUGUUUGACAAUAACCAUCUUAACCUUAUUGAAAGAUUACUUUAAAAAAUAAAAUUUGCAAAUUAAUUUAACUGAUCCAUAUCAGUUAACUGGCCCCUGACUUGACAAUCAGGGUAUUUAUAAAAAGAAUAACCAAUAUUUUAAAGAUGAUGAUAGUAUUUUACAUUAAAGAAUACUGAGAAACUCUUUUAACCAAAAUAAACAUUUGAUACCAAUAUACUUUUUAGUAAAUUUUAAUUACGUCAGGUUUAAGAAGGUUUUUUUUUAAAAGCAGCAAGCACAAAAGUCUUUUUUCUUCUUAUUACCUGUUCUGUUGACUGGGAAGGGUAUUUUUUUUUAUGAAAUAUAUUUUCUAUUUGAUUUUUCUAUCUGUUGUACACAUUUGAUAUGUUGAGAUUUUUAAUUCACUAUUUUUUAUCCAAAUAUUUACACAACUGUUUAUCAAAGACUUGACAGUAAAAUGUUUUAUCAUUUUAAAACCAGUAACCAGUGCUUUAGCUGGGAUAUGUUGUAGUUCCAUGGCUGAUUGGUUUGUUGCUUAUAAUUUUUUUCUUUUUUUCCUUCGUAAUUCUUACUUCACAGAAAAAAACCUGAAUUGGAGUUAAAUUUUAAAAAAAAUGUAUUAAAAAACUAACAUUAAUUUUCAUUAACUGUGAUUUUAUUUAUAUG